CAGCCCACCUCAGCCAAUCGGAGCCCGCGCCGCGGCCCGGCCAUGUCGGCGGCGGCGAUUCCGCCCGGCCGGCCAACAUGGCCCUGACGGCCGAGACCGAGUCCCGCCUGUAUCGCUCGCUGCGCGUGGCCUCCGGCGCCGCCGCGCACCUCGUGGCGCUGGGAUUCCCCGCCGCUGUGGCCGUGCUGGCGCGGCCCGGAUCCAGUCUCUUCUCCUGGCACCCAUUGCUCAUGGCCCUCGCGUUCUCGUUCCUGAUGACGGAAGCGCUGCUGAUCUUCUCCCCGGAGACCUCGCUGCUGCGCUCCUUCUCCCGCAAGGUCCGAGUGCGGGCGCACUGGGCCCUGCAGCUGCUCGCCCUGCUCUGCGCGCUCCUGGGGCUGGGAAUCAUCACCUACAACAAGCACCUGAACGGCAAAGGCCACUUUGUCACCUGGCACGGGCUGACGGGGCUGCUGGCCGUGCUGUACGCCGGCGGGCAGUGCGCCGGGGGCGUGCUCCUGCUCUACCCCAAGCUGAUGAAGAACUGGACGCUGGCCAAGCUGAAGCUGUACCAUGCAACCUCAGGGCUGGUGGGCUACCUGCUGGGCUGUGCCAGCCUGAUGUUGGGCAUGUGCUCCCUCUGGUUCACCACCACGGUGACCGGUGCCUCGUGGUACCUCGCCAUGCUGUGUCCCCUCGUCACCAGCCUGGUUAUCAUGAACCAGGUGAGCAAUGCGUACCUGUACCGCAAACGGAGCCAGCACUGAGGGCUUGGUGCUGACCUGAACUUCCCAGAGCAAGCUGGGUCUCCCCUUGCAGCCCCCCUGCUCGCACAGGGUCUCCUUGGAACUUUGUUUCUACCUACUUGUCUUUCAUUAGUCCUGGAUUGUCCAUAGUGUCUUGUCCCUGGGGAGCAGUUGCGAUGUGUCUGACACCUCACCCCUGCCUCAGUGGGGAAGUUCCCCAGCACAGGUAAAGCUGCUGGUCCCUCCAGCAGCUUGGUGCUCAGUGCUGGGAAAUGGAGGGCUCACUCAGGAUUCCUGCUCCUUUCCCUUCCCACGCAGGGCUGCUUUGGAGCGGGAGGAGACAUCCUGGUGAGGAGGGCAGGGAGGCCCUUCUCUCCCAGGAGGCUGCAGCAGGCCUCAUGCUGCCUCUGCCCCAUGGGGGCAGCUUGGCCAGGAAAGCACAGGACACGGUUGUAGCUUCAGCCCUGGCAGGGCUGGGGCAGGGUGGUGGCACCUGAGCAACGGUACAGCAGCACGUGUGUCCCCAUGGCACGGGCAUUCCCUGGGAUCAGAGCAGGCAGCUCUGCCCCACAACCCUGGGUCGGGGCACCCACUGCCACGCACAAACCCCUCCUCCAGGCUGGGCUCGGCCUGGUAGGGUGGGGUCAGUUUACAGAGCAAAUUACUGAGCCGGGCUGUGGACCUGCAGUCAGCAAUUUGUAGGGAACAGCGUGAGCACGGGGGGAGGUGCAGACAUGGGCGAUGAACCCUUGGGGAAGGCAGGAAGAAACCUCCUUGCUGGCACAACAGCCUUCCAGCACGCUUCCUGCUCCCGGCAGGGCUGGAGAGCUGGGAGCGGCUCCCAGGCUGAAAAAUUCCUCUGUAUCCAGAGCUUUUAUUCAAUAAAAAUUUCAGGCAGCUAGAGUGCAA